UAGCUGUAGCUUCCCAUCAUCAUCAUCGUCUCUCUGAAUUUCUUGGUUAUGAGUAUGGCAGCCAAACGAUUUCUUGAUGAUUCAAGUCAAGACCCAGAUCGCCCAAAUGAGAAACGAAUCAGAUCUAGACCUUCUUUUGCUUCAGUAAUUACAGAAGCAGUGAUGGUGAAUUCUUUACAGAACCUCUGCAUGGCCUUAGAGCCAAUGCUCAGGAGAGUGGUGAAUGAAGAAGUGGAGAAUAGUCUGAAACGAUGUUCAUCUCGCUCUUUCACUCGAUCUCCUUCACUUCGAAUCCAGGCACCUGAAUCAUCACCAUCUAGCCUGCAACUUAAGUUUAGAAAAAAUCUUUUGCUCCCAAUAUUCACUGGGAGCAAAAUAGUUGACAUAGAUAAUUCUUCUCUUCAAAUACUUUUAGUAGAAACAAGAGGUGAUCUGGCAGUUCCGACGUCUCUCCCUCAUCCAAUCAAAGUAGAAAUCCUCGUCCUUGAUGGAGAUUUCCCUUCUGAUGAUCGGAAGACUUGGACUAGUGAAGAAUUCGUCAACAAUAUAUUGAAGGAGAGAACCGGCAAGCGGCCUUUGCUUGCCGGAGAUUGCUUGAUGGUGACAUUAAGAGAUGGAAUUGCACCAAUUGGUGAGAUUGAGUUCACCGAUAAUUCAAGCUGGAUUAGGAGCAGAAAGUUCAGAAUUGGUGCAAGAGUGGUUUCAGGGAGCUCUAAUGGUGUUCGAAUUCAUGAAGCAAUAACUGAAGCUUUUGUUGUCAAAGAUCAUCGUGGUGAAUUGUACAAGAAGCAUCACCCACCAAUGUUGGAUGAUGAAGUAUGGCGUCUUGAGAAGAUUGGGAAAGAUGGAGCUUUUCACAGAAAGCUAUCUGCUGAGGGUAUCAACACUGUUCAAGAAUUCCUCAAGUUGUCCACUGUCGACCAACACAGGCUUAGGAGGAUUUUAGGACCUGGAAUGUCCGAGAAGACAUGGGAAGUAACAAUAAAGCAUGCAAAGACAUGCGAGUUGGGAAACAAACGUUAUAUUCUUCAUGGUCAGAAUUUUAGUAUCACAUUAAACCCUAUAUGCCAAGUUGUUAGUGCUGUCAUUGAUGGACAGACAUUCUCUACUUCGGAUCUUCCAAGACUUAGUAAGAGUUACAUUCAGAAUUUGGUGAGACAAGCCUAUGCAAAUUGGAGCUCAUUACAAGAAGUUGUUGGAGUUUCAAGCGAGAUUGCUUUGCUCACACAAGGAGAGCAAGUGGAGGAGUAUCCCAACCACCAUUCUCAGGCAAAAACAUUUCAUCACCAAAUUGGGUACUCAUCUGAAAACAGAAGCAUUGAGAUGGGGGAGCAAUACAACCAAGCCAACAGCACAAGUGCAAAUAUGGGUUACAGCAAUUGGCAUGGUGCUGCAGGCAUCAAUUACAGCAUCUCUGAGGCAUCAUCAGAGAGUGAAUUGACGCCUACAUCUUUCUUCAAUAGGAAUUAAUGGUCAGUUUAGGUCUCCCACUCAACUGUAAAUAGAAAAACUAAAGGAAUUAAAAGCUGCUGCUUGGAUGUGGCUGAUUCCUACUUCUAUGAUCAGUGUGUUUUUCCUAUGUUGUAAUCCUGUUAUUUCCUCAUUUCUUUGCAAUGAUAAAGGUCUAUAGAACAAACAAUACCCUUAUAAAAAUUGCCCAUAAUCAUUAAAAAAAAAAAAGAA